AGAGGAUUUGAGGGUAAAAAGACAGAAUGGAGGCGGACGGAGUGUAACCUGUGUGGAGGUAAAGCGGUGACGCGACUCUUUUCUGUCUUCUCGCGGUGUUUUCUGAGCCUCCGGUUGACUUAUUGACAGUAAGGCCUCCCGAUUACGCACAAAAACACACACACACACACACACACACACUCUGACACACUACAGCAGAGCACAUUAUUCAUGUGUUUCUGGUUUGGAGACGUGCACCUUCCACUGUGAUUUGGAAGUUUCUGCUGCUUUUCAUUUUUAUUUUUAGUCAGAUUUUUCCAUUUUACGCAUUUUUUUUAACCAACACUUCAUUUUAUUUUGGAUUUUUUUGGUUGUAUUUUUAGUGUUUAAAUCGAAAGAGACUUCACAUUGUUGGGUUUAUUCCUGGAAGUAUUUUUGAAUGGAAUUUUUCGAUUUUUGAUUUUUAUUUUCAACAUUUUUUAACCAACUUUAUCCGUGGGCUCGUGUUUCCUGCUGUAAAUUAGCCUGGAGACUUCCUACAGCCCCACGGUGCCUCCGGUCUGCAUGGACAACAUGAACUCCUUUGUGGAAUACUCCAUCUGUAACCGACCAGGGACCGGAGCCUACUCUGCGCCUAAGUCUGGAUACCACCACCUGCACCACCACCACCUCCCUCUGGAGCAGCACCAGGCCUUCCCGGUGACCUCCGGCGCCUUCCACGCGGGCCUCACCGGCUCCCAAGUCUCCGUUAACGGGACGAGAGGUGACAGCAGCGCCGGGGGAGCCGGUUACAGCACGGAUGGAAGGAUGUACGGGAGUACCGGAGCGGACACCGGCGGUGGAGGAGCGAGCCAGCAUCAUCAUCAGCAUCCUCCUCCUCAUCACGACCAGCAGCAGCAUCAGCACAGCGGCUACCACCAUCACCUCAACCUCCACCAGAACCAGAGCCUGCAGAGCGGAAUACUGUCUCCUUAUAAUACCGGCAGCGGGAACACCGGGGCCUAUGCGGGCCAAGCGUGCGCCACAAACACCGACUACGUUCCCUCGGUGGGUCCUCCCAGUUCCGUUCACCCGCAGUAUUUCGUGGAGGAGUCUGUGGCCUCCACCUACUAUCAUCAAUCAACCUUCCCCAGCUCGGCCCCCACCGUCGGGCCCAGCUACGGGGCCCUAGCCGGGGCCUACUGCGGGCCUCAGGGAGCCCUGGCCGGGUCACAGUACCCGCAGCAGGUCGGCGGGGGCCUGGACGCAGCGGGCUACCUGGGGCUGCCACACGGGGGAGGGUACGGGGAGCUGCCGGUGUCUCAGGACCGGGAGAGAGAGGAUGAGGAGGGCCAGCAGGCCGGGCAGGGCCAGACCUUCGACUGGAUGAAGGUGAAGAGGAACCCGCCGAAGACAGUCAAAGUCUCGGAUUUCGGCCUCGCGGGCGCGCACAACAACGCCAUGCGCACCAACUUCAGCACGCGGCAGCUGACGGAGCUGGAGAAGGAGUUCCACUUCAGCAAGUACCUGACGAGAGCGCGCCGCGUGGAGAUCGCGGCCACGCUGGAGCUGAACGAGACGCAGGUGAAGAUCUGGUUCCAGAACCGGAGGAUGAAGCAGAAGAAGCGCGAGCGGGAGGGCGCCUCCGCCACCGCGCACUCCUCCUCCUCCGGUACCGGCAGCAAAGAGCUGGAGGACACCGACCACUCCUCCACGUCCACGUCUCCGGGCGCGUCCCCGAGCUCGGAGACGUAACGUGGACGUGACUGGUGACCCACUAUUAAAUGAUUUUCUUCUUCCAUUCAGAGUAUCUUUAAGGGAAGGCGCCUUUAAUGGACAGAAUCUGCUUUGGCUGCUGAUUUCCUACAUUUCCCAGAAUUCGUUACGGCCCACAUUUUGCGUUCUUCAGUUGCACAUUGAGCUGGAGAAGUUAGUUUGUGUCACACCUCAAUCAGAUGUUUCUUGUUUUGAUCUAAA